CUUACCCAAACUCACUUGGAAUUUUGUCUGCCAUUGAAACCUCGUAUCCUUUGCAUAUCCUCGUCAUGAGUAGUAAACAGACUAGUUCAGACGAUUCUCGUGACAGCGAGGGAAAUAAAAAGAUCCGUUCAAACACCAAAAGUACUUGGUUGUCUUUCCUGAAGAGUAUCGCUACAUUUUCUGGUGACUUAUCAUCCUUAACUGCACCUUCGUUCAUCCUUUCAAGCACAUCUUUGAUUGAGUAUUCAGCUUAUUGGGCUGAACAUCCCGACCUAUUUGUUUCCUUACCUUCGGGGAAAACUCCUUUAGAACGUCAGCUGUUGGUAACCAAGUGGUUUGCUAGUACAUUAAAGAACCAAUACGCUACUCGUAAUGAACGUUAUGGCUCUGAAAAGAAACCUCUGAACCCUAUCCUGGGAGAGUUAUUCUUCGGAAAAUGGUCGACCAAUCUGGAUAAAGAUACUGUUUUGACUGCUGAACAGGUCUCUCACCAUCCUCCUAUCUCUGCGUACCACAUUUACAAUGAAGCUGCAGGUGUACGCUUAGAGGGUUACAAUGGUCACAAGAGUGGCUUUUCAGGCCCUCAUAUUCACGUAAAACAAAUUGGUCAUGCCCGUUUAACACUGGAACCUCACAAUGAGGUAUACUACAUCACUUUCCCUCUCGUUACAUUAGAGGGUUUGUGGUAUGGAUCUCCAUAUAUCGAGUUGAACAAAAAGUCACACAUUAUUUCCACCUCUGGAUACGUGACUACGAUUGAAUACAGCGGCAAGGGUUAUUUUACUGGAAAGAAAAAUACCUUUAAAGCAUCCAUACAUCAAACGGACUCGAAGCCCGAACCUCUGUAUCGUAUAGAAGGAUCCUGGACAGGGAUGCUAAAACUUGCGAAUAGCGAGAAUCUUAAACGUGGCAUUUGGGAAGAUUGGCUUGAUUGCACAAAUUAUGCACCCGUUAACAUAUCUGUUCCUCCCAUCGAAGACCAAGGUGAUUUUGAAUCUAGACGCGUUUGGAGAAACUUUGCGAUCGCCUUGGACUCGGGGGACUACUCAGCUGCUAGCCAAGAAAAGUCGAAAAUAGAAGAGGAGCAGCGUCAACUUAGACGUCAAGAACAUACGAAUAAUGAAACUUGGCCACGAAAGUACUUUGAAUGGCAAGAGUUGGAUGAGGGCUUUUUAAAGGCUACUCAACCUUUGAGGUCCCCGAUAGAAGAAGGUUUCUGGAAGUUUAAACGAUAGAUGAUAAUGCGCCAACGCUUUUUCUAUAGAAACGGGCUUCGUUGCUCGUUUUCUUUUCAUUAUUACGCAUCUGAUGCAUGGCCAUAUAUCCUCUGGUUUCGGUUUCAAUGUACGUUUAUCAUUGUCUUUUCAAUAUAAGUAGUCAAUUUUUUAUGCUAUUCGCUACGAAUUCCUAUCCAACUGUAUAUCACUUUGCAUAUCACUGCAAAAGGGAUGUCAUAUAAGUUUAUUUUAAUAAUAAAAUCAUUUAUGUGACAUUUUGUGACCUAUACUAUUCACUGUAGUUGAAAUAGUAUUGAGCUUUGUGAUCCAUGCUUUGACACAGACGCUAGGCAUUUAUUCCCUCCAGUUUUAGAAGAAAAGGAACAACUGUUACUAUCGUUCAAUAGAAGGUUUGACUUUUAAUUCCAUAUCUUAGCUAUUUACAGUAGACCCAGCGGCUUUCACUUUAAAAUGCCGGGUUUGUUUCCAAAAGAGCACUAGACCAGAGACGAGAAAAUAAUUAGCUACAAAAUUUUUUAUUUUUACAAUUUUCAAAGACAUAUCGAUCUUAGAUUAAAGAGGCAUUUGAGCUUGCCAAGUGCGUAUUCAUAUACAAGUUUUGCAUGACUAUGUCUUUGACUCUGCACUCUCCUCUCCACUAGCCGACAUUGCCAAAGGACCGAAAUUUAUGAGAUUUGCAUCCCUUCAUUUUCGUAUCUAAUAUUUACUUUUGCUAAUUUA